AUGAGUAGUAUAGAAGUAUCAGAGGCCCCUAAAACUAUGGAAGAAAUCCUGGCGAGACAUAGAAAGGAAAACAAAGAUUUACAGAAUAAAAUAACCGGUAUGAAAAAACAGGCUACUAAAUCUAAAAGAAAGGAAGUUAACUCGAAAUGUUUAGAUCUUCAAGACAAUUUGAAGAUUAAACAGGAAAAUGAAAUCAAAAAUUGGAAGAUCGUUAAUAACCAAGCUUCCGGUCCUGAAGAAGAAGAUGAAGUGACUCCAGAGAAACUAUUGGAGCAACUAUCCAUAUCACAAGAGGAAGAACACAGCCAACAGGAUAUUCCCGGCCAACAAGAUCAACCAAAGAAACGUCGUAAUAGACAAAAGGAAAAAUUGGCAAAGAGGGACGCAGCAAUUGCGAAAAUGAAAGAAGAAGCAGCUUUGGAAGCUUCGCAACAACCUGAUUUUAAAAAAAUGGAACAAGAAUCUAUAGACCAAUUAUGCGAGGUGAAAAAACUGAAGCAGUUCGAUAUACAACCUGACGGCCACUGUCUAUUUGCCUCGAUAUUAGAUCAGUUAAAACUUCGCCAUGAUCCAAAAGAGCUAGAUUCAGACUUGAAUGUCAGAAAACUAAGAUCGCUGAGCUGUAAUUAUGUACAGGAACAUAGGGACGAUUUCGUUCCUUAUUUGUUCGAUGAGGAAAGCAUGCAAAUGAAAGAUAUCGAUGAAUAUACUAAAGAGAUGGAGCAUACAGCUCAAUGGGGUGGAGAAAUUGAGAUCUUAGCUCUAUCCCACGUUUUUGAUUGUCCGAUUAGUAUUUUAAUGAGUGGUAGAUCUGUUCAAGUUUAUAAUGAGGACGGUAAAAACGCUGAGUUAAAGCUUGUCUAUUAUAAACACAGUUAUUCAUUAGGUGAGCAUUACAAUUCAUUGCAUGAUUCGUGA